GCCGAGGGCCCGCCCAGGGGCCUGGAGGGUGCCAGGUAUGCGCACGCACGCCGGUUUGGUGCAGCAGUACGCUGCGUGGCCCUCCACAACCGUGCCUCCUCCACACUGGCGCAAUCACCUCCUGCCGCAGCCACCCACAUUCCUCCCCCUUCAGCACCACCUCUACGACAGCAUCGCCAUCAACAGAAAGGCAACCCAGGAGAAGAUCGAGGUGCGAGGCGCGCCAUCUGCGCCAGUCGUGACCGUCACGGGCACCGAGCGCAUCGGACUGCUGCUCGACAUAUCGCGGGUCUUGAGAGGUCAGCAGAGGACAGCAGGGAGGUCGACGGGAGGAUCUUUUACGUGUGUCCCUCCUGUCUUGUCUGUUUUGAACCAUCGGUCAGAGUGGGGUUAUUCGGUCAAGAAGGCCAGGGUGGUGAGCAGUGUCAGCGAGACGGGCGUCAAGACCAUCAAGGACACUUUCGAGUUGAUAAACCUCGACUCGACAGCAGGGUUGGGCGAUGGACUGUCGGAUGGCGAGAGGCUGGCCAAGUUGGAGAGGGCUCUGCACGAGCGGGCAUUCACGAGCGGGUCGAGCAUGCAGGCGUGGGAGAGGCAGCAGGUCAACAUGUACCAAUCGUCGCUGCUCACACCAGGUCAGCGGGCCAGGCAGCCAGACAGCCAGCCAGCCAGACAGGCAGGGAGGGAGGGAGGGAGGGACCACCGACACGAUGGCGCUGAUGCCAUCCAUGGGUUGUGUUCAGGUUCACGAGUGUAUGAGGUGCGAGUAGAGGGCACCGACGCUCCCGGGCUGCUGCACGAGAUUGUACAAACAUUCUUCACCCACGGUCAGUCAGUUACCCAGCGACCCAGCGGCCCACACCGCACACACCACUGAUCAUCUUAUGUGAUCUCGCCUCACACACGCAGGUUUUGCCAUCAUAGCGGCGCGAGUGACCUCUCUACCAAAUGGCAAGAUCCGCAACUCAUUCCGGUCAGUGUACCAUCCGACUGACAGUCAGGACAGACAGACAAAGGAAGAAGACAAACAGCCAUGUAUUCAUCCGUCCAUUAAGCCCUGUGUGUUGUCCGUCGCCUCGCCCUGCCUGCAGGUGCCGGCUGACGUACCUGUUUGAGAGACUGCUGGCCCAUAGUGACGAGACGAGUGAGGCAGACCAUCUACGGGCACUGCAGACGGCCCUUCAGUCUCUUCACCCCGACCACGCGACAUAUGCCCUGCCGGACACACCCCCACCAGAUCUCAAGGUGACCCCUCCUUCCCCACCUGAGGGCCCCUGCUGUGAGUCGUCACCCGAGCACCAGCACCAGCUGCCGCCUCCCCCGCCGCAAUCGCCCCAGGAGUCCAUCAAUGAGGCCGCUUCCCUCCCGCCAUCCCUCAGUCUCCCGGACGGUCCCGACCACCGGCCCCGCCCGCGGAGCCGCAGCCUCGAUGCGCACUGCACCUCUACCAGAGGGGCUGGCCCACACCACUACCCAUCCCACGUGACAUCGGCAGACAAGAGGCAUCCGCCGACCAUAUACGAGGAAAGGCCCACAGAGGCCACCACAGCGGGGGGCAGCAGCGAGGAGGGCCGGCAGGGGGACGUCACGGGGGUCGCGAUGCGGUCAUCCUUCACUCUCAGGUCCCUCAGCCGUGUGCAGUUCUUCUCUCGCAUCCGUCUGGGGGCCAUGUGCAGCGCCGGGUUCGACAGAGGACACAAGAGGGGCCGGGGAAGCAGCAACAGUGACCAGCAGCGGCAGAACCAGUCAGGUCCUGACAGCUGCUUGAAGGUUAAGGUUUGGCCGACGUCUUUUCUUAGUCGCCUCACAAUGAGAUGAGGGCCUCCCUAGCGGGCUUCCUUGCCGACGGGGUGGGUGGGUGUCGGUUGGGUUGAGCCAGCAGGGAGGGGGAGGUCGGUGGACGGGGGGAUCGAUGGUUGUUUCUAUACGUGUGUGUGCAGCUAGCUGGCUGGGUGAAAGCGGUGCGCGCACGCACAUGGGUAUGAUAUGUCUCUCUUGGAUGCUGAGAGGGCCGCUGCGUCCACAUGCAUUUGCUGUGGGUCGUAUUUUUCUCUCACGAAUGAGAUAUGUAUGAGUGAGGUGUUGCAUGCAUGAAUGGGUGUGGUGUUUUCGUACCUAUCCACUCGAGCGAGAGGCGCUUGUACAUAGGCAAGCAAUGGCGCCGGAGGGCAGACAGACAGACAGACAUGAGGCACGUGCCUGCCUGGCUGAGCACAGAACAGAGAAGACAGAUCAUGCUGGACAGCCAGGUAGCCAUCCAUCCAUCCAUCCAUCCAUUGAUCCGUGCAUCCAUCUCUAACCUUUUUCGUCUCCAGCCUCAUGCACACGCGGGGGUGCGGUGCGAUCCGUCCUCCACUAUGUAUGUACAUAUGAAGCUCUUCUGCCUGACCGGCUGACUGAGUGAGUGAGUGUUGUGUUGUUGUGUGAAUGUACCUACCUGGCAGGGUGCGCUGUGCUGUCUGCUGUCGUGUGCCGUUCCCGGCCUGGUUUUGGUCCGUCAGGGCGUUUUCGAAUCGCACAUGUGCCCCUUGUUUUCCAAUGCUGGCUGGACGGGCCAAACCAGACCGAGCACAGACAGCAGACAGACACACGGGCCGGGAAGGAAAUGGGUGUUCCAGUUGGUCGCGAGUGAGGUUGUUGGAUGUGUGAUCGACUGACUGACUCGCUAGGGCGUUAAACGCUGUCAUUUUUCUUCCCAUGUCUCUUUCGGAGACAUGGACGGCAAAUUUUCCGAGGGGCUGACCCGGUCUUGCCUGGGGGGGUGGGGGG